AAAACUUUGCAUAUCUCUAUUGUUUUCACUUUUUGUGUGCAUAUUUGACAGGAAAUUUGUGAAAUUUCGCUUAAAUGUAGUAACUUGUCAUUAUGAAUUCCGACUGUUUACUACAAGAUCAAGAAAACAUUUCAGAUUCUGAAUCUUCAGAAGCUACAAUUCUUUCUUCAAAUGAAAGUUUUAGUGAAUCUGUUCCAGAAAAUUGUGAGGUUGCAAAAAUUUUAGAUCAUAAAUUACAGCUUCCAAAAGAUUUGUGCGAAGACGGUCAAAUUUUUCAUGAACUUUUUUCAACUUCUACUUGGAAUGGAUUAUCAAAUGAAGAAAAAGAGCAUUUAACAAAGUUUCUUCCUGAAUUCCCUGAAAACUCCAAACGAGAGCAGGAUAACACCGUGCAGUUGCUAUUUUCAAAUAAAAUAUUUCGAUUUGGACAAACACCACUUGAUCAGUUUCAUGCAAAUCUGCAAGAUGGUAAUUACCGUCCAGAUAUUGCUCAUUAUAGAAAAUGUAUUUUGAAGGAAGAAGAACGAGACCAACGUAUACGUGAAUGUGAAAGAAUAAGUUUAUUGGCAGAAAAAAUGGUAAUAUCUCGAGAAAAGCAACUAAGAUAUGCUUAUACAUCUGGAGAUACUCAUCUAAAUUCAGAUGAUAAAUUAUCACGUUCAAAACUGUCAGCUUCGAUUGCAGCAAUGCGUGGAAAUAAAAGAUAUUUUCAAGAGCUUCUUAAAGUCUUUGACGAGUUAAAUUAUUCAUUAUCAGAUGAUGAAACUAUUCCAAAUAGAUCCCAUCUACAACUGACAAAGAAACAAAUUAAGCAAUUUAGUGAUCAGGAUAAUGUUGAAUCUGUAGCCGACUUUAGAAUUGUCAGCACGACAUCAACAAAGGAAAAAAAUUGGGAUCAUAUGACAGAAUCAAUAAUAUCCAAUGAAAAAUAUAAACAAAUGUUAAGGAAUUUUAGAAAGAGGAAAAACAUAGAACCAGAUCAUGCUGAAAUGGAAAUAGGCGAAAUUAAACUCAAAGAAAUAAUAUCAAGGUCGAGUCUUUUAAAUUCGAGGAAGAUUUUAAUUGGAAACAGUUGCACAAUUUCGAAUAAAAAGCCAUCAACAAGUGAUUCUAUUAGAAUAAAGCAAGAGACAUCUACAAAACCUAUUAUCAACUUAGGAAUAGCAGCAAAGAAUCAAAUUCAGAAGCCACAAAAUAAAAAUCUUUGUAAGGUUGAUGUCCAAGAAAAACCAUUAAAAUUAGGAUCACAAAGUGAAACGGAUGAAGAGGAUUGGAUUAAAGCGAACAUUAUCAAGAUUGAGCCGAAUGAAAAUUCAACGCAAUCAAAAGGAAAUAUGAAAUUAGAACAGAAAGUUCAAAAAAUACAACAGAAAAUGAAAAUUCCGUAUCAACAACAGCAGCAAUUAGCUAAUACUAAUGUUUUUAACAGAAAGAGAUCAAACAUUGACAAUGUUCAACCUAGGGCUGGUAAAAAAAUUAUCAUAGAUGCAGGAGGUAUCGUAAAACCAUCUUUUAUUACAAAGAAUAUGUCUACAAUUCAGAAUAAUAUUUCAAAGAAAAAUUUAGUCUUGGAUACUUCAAUAAAUACUGAAUAUGAAGUUGUUGAAUACUCUCCCGAAAUGACUCAUGAUACUCAAAAUUGCUUUUUGAGUUUGAUAAGAGACAUUUUUUGUUCCACCACUGAUCAUCGAAUUAAAUUAGAGGAAUUGCGAAAAAGAAUAAAUGUUUGGUUAAAAAAUCCUGUUGCAUUAACAAACAUAUGGUUCAAAGAUGUAGAGCAAUGGGGAAGCUUAUUAAUAUCGGCAGUUCAUUUUUUAUCUGGCGAAUUUUUAGAUCAGCCACAACAUUUUGUACCUUAUUUAGAAUUUAAAUCACAAAUGAACAUCUACCAAUGGAUAGGUGCUGGUCGUGAUAGUGAUGCAAGAAUGUUGAGUUUAAAUCAAUAUUGGUUAAGCCGACGUAAUGAUAUGGGAAUAAAAGCAUCAAAUGCAUUAAAACAAAAACCAUUUACAAAGAUAUUGACAAAUCCUGAAAAAAAUGAAAGCAAUUAUCUCUUACAAAGUAUUUCACCACCAAACCAUCGCUGUAGAUCAACAUGGAAGGUUCAAUGUCCUACAAAAUCAGAACUUGCUGAAUUUCAAACACAAGAGCAAAAACGAUAUGAAAAUCCAUACUUUCCUUUUAUUUAUUAUCAGCACGGUUAUGAGAGUGUUGUUGGUCCAUUACGUGAUAUGCAUUUACCUGUAUCAGUUAUAACAAAAGCGAGAGAUAAUAAUAUAUUAAUACCUGAUCGUCCUAAUUAUAUUACUACCGUGGCCAUAGUUAGAGAUGCAAUUGCCAGAUUGCCUAAUGGAGAAGGCACAUUUGAUGCCAUUUGUGAACUUGUAAAAUAUAGCAAAUUUUUAACAUUAAAUCUAAGUGAAAAUGUCAUAAGAUCUUUUGUUAGUACAGCACUAGAUACAAUAAGCUCUGAAAAUCAUGACUCUUCUGCUAAAUUUGAUAAUAAAAGAAAGUUAUGGGUUUAUAUGCAUCGUAAUCGUUCGGAAGAAGAAUUUGAAAGAAUAUAUCAACAACAACAAGGAAAUAUCAAACCAAAGAAAGCCGCGUAUAGAAAAAUAAAUCCAAUGGAAAAUAUUAUUCGAGUAUCAACAAACAAUUCAGGCAAUGGAAACUCAACAGGAAGUGCCACAACAAUCAAAGUUUCAAAAGUUAAUACCGAUUCUGAAAUGAUGCAACAAAUGCCAGCACUUGCAGCUUUUGAAACCAAAAAAAUUAAUCAAAUGCAUUCGUCACCUCCACCAUUGAAAAUUUCCCCAAAGAGAUUUAUUAAAACUGUUAAUAGUGAUAAAUCGAUUGAAGCUUUUGAUGUUGAGGCUUCUUUAGAUGCACAUACUACACCUAUAGUGAAAGCAUCAGAUAGUAAAACAAGUCGUGUAAUACUUAAAGCAACUCCCCAAAUGUCACAGUUACAAACAAAUAAUUUGAUGAUGGGUGCAAUAAGUGCUGGAAGGUCGCAAUCGACCAAGGUUACGACAGUUUUAGGAUCAAAAAAAAUUAUUGGUAAGCCAGUAACUAUCGGACAAAAUGAAACAAUUUCAAUUGUCAGCCAGUCAAAUCUAUCUAAUAACUCAAACUACAUAGUAACUAUGAGCCCAUCGAAUGGAGACAGAUUAAAAUCUAGUGAGCCUCCAGCACUGCAAGCUACAUCACUGCAGCAAGCCAAACCUACAAUGUCACAAAAGAGUUUUGUAAUGGUCAGCGCGAAUAAUGAAAAAAUGUCUCUGUCACAACAGUCUCAAAAAUUUAUAAUAGCAUCUUCAACUCCUCAACUAGGCAAUCAAAAAGGUGGAAAAGUAAUAACGCUCCCAAGAAAUCAAACGCCUAUGUUAUCACAGCAAAAACAAAUUUUAACAAAUGUUAUUGUUCAGCAGCAGAAAGCAAAAUCUGGACAGCAAAUCAUGCUUUCUGCAAACAAUACACAAAAGAUUCCAAUUUCAAUCAACUCCUCAGUUCAAACGUCUUCGACACCAACGACAAUUAUUCAGAUUCAACAACCAUCAACUUCAAUAACAAAUUCAAAUCUAAAUUCAACAAAAUCUACCGUUUUCCAAUUAAGACAACUUAAACAAGAUGGUAGUCAACAAACUAUGAUUUUGAAACCUCAAAUAAUCAAAAAUGUUGGUUCGAAUAGUGACUUGCCAGCUCCUCCAUUGAUUGUGAAUAAAAUUUUGAAAUCAACUGCUAACUCAGUUUUACAAGGAUCUCAAAUAAUAACAACAACAGCUCAAAAAAUGUCAACAGAAACAACAAACAGUCCAAUAUUUGCUCGAGUUGUUUCUUCAGGUGGUCGACAACUGAUAGAUGGAAUUAUGCCGAAAAAUGCUGGAACAUUCAAAUUAGCAGGAGCCGGUGGAGUUCAACAAAAUGUGCUUCAAAUUUCUGGUUCACCCCAAUACACAGUAGUUUCCAAAGGAAAAACUAUUGUGUCACCAAGCACAAAAAUCACAACUUCUAAAUCCAAUACAACGACAAAUCUGACACCAACUCAAAAUAUAUUGAUAACCAGCCAUACAAAUAAUAGCAAUCAGGCAAUCAUGCAAUCAUCAUCUCAUGUUCAACAUCAACCACUUAAGAUUGUUCAAGGUGGAACAAUAACAGCACAACAAUUGCUAAAUGCUAAACUUAUUAAUGUUCAAGCAUUGGGAAAUAAAGGUUUUAAACCAUCCAGUGGUAUUAAGAUGCUGAAUAGUCAAGGAUAUAUAACAAAUUUAGGAACUAAAACUGGUGGUGUUCCAAUAAUAAUUGCUGGAAAAAGCACAAAUCAAGCUUCGACUAACCAAACUGGACAAGGAAUAGUUUUGCAAGCAAAUUCUUCGCAAAAUAAUACUUUCAUUCUGAAUUCGAACCAAACAACAUUAAAAAUGCAAGGAAAUAUUAUUAGCCAGCCCCAGCAAACAGUUGUAUUAGGAAAUCAAGUACUAAAAGUGCAGUCAUUGAAUCAAAUGCAAGCUCAGAAGCAAAGCACAUCUUCAGCUAAGUCAAAUACAGAAACUGUUGUUUUAGCAACCAAUUCUGGAAAAAAUCAGACAAUCAACAACCCAUCGUCACCUAAUCAAGACGGAAAACAGAUGAGUGUAACAAAUUCAUCAGGACAACAAAUUAUUUUGGGAUCUACACUCAAAGUCUUGAAGAAUAUGAUCAGUAAGAACAAUAAUAUGAGUCAACAAACAGCGAGAGUUGUUUUAACGCCAUCUUCUGGUUCACAAGGAGGCCAAUUUGCUCAACAAAUCAUUCUUCCAGCAAACUUUCAGGGAAUUAAAACACUUAAAGUGAUUCAACAAGCUCGAUUAGUACAGAAUAAUGUAGGCAAUACAAGUGGAGUGGCUGAUAACAAAACAGUUACGCUAGCAAAUAAUCAAGACGAAGGAACAAAUGAGUAGAAUUAUCAAUUGGAGUCUAAACUUACUUGGACCAAUAUAUAUUUUCGAGGACUUAUAAUUAUUAAUACUAAUUCAAGGUGUAAAAAUCUCAAAAUAUUUUUUAUAUUUUUUCCUGCAUUAUAAAAUAUAAGCCUUUUUUUUUUGAAAAAAAAAAACUAAUAUUAUUAAUUGAUUCAUUAUAAUGUUAUAAGCAGU